CCUGGGCUCGGCGGCGCCUGCGCUGCCUUUGCGACCGAGCGAGCGAGCGGACGAGCAAGCGAGCGGCUCCUUUAGCGCAGCGGAGCCCGGCAGCCGCGCAACCCCGCCGGAGGUGUCGCCUUCCCCGCUUGGCCUCGGACCCCUCUCCCCUCUGCCUCGCCGCUUCUUGGGGGGCGGACGCCCCUCGCCGCCUCCCUCCAGCCCGGCCUCCGCAUCCGACGCCCGGCGCGCAUCUGGCCAGCGGUGGCGCGGCCGGCGGGGGCGCAGCGGGGGCCGCGGGGGUCGCCCAGCCUCGCCCGGCAUCGGCCCGAGAGGCGAGGACGCUUAAGGUGGCCUUGGCGACUACGGAUCGGAGCAGCUCCUGGGGGCGAUGAGCACCUCGCGUCCGCCUGGGGGCGUUUAAGAAACGACAUGGAAGCGGUUGGAAAAUUUGAAUUCAGCAGGAAAGAUCUGAUCGGGCAUGGAGCUUUCGCGGUGGUCUUUAAAGGCAGGCACAAAGAGAAACCUGAAGUGGAGGUGGCCAUCAAAUGCAUUAACAAGAAAAACUUGGCAAAAUCCCAAACUCUCUUGGGAAAGGAGAUCAAGAUCUUGAAGGAACUGAAACAUGAUAACAUUGUGGCUCUCUACGACUUCCAGGAGAUGGCAAACUCCGUUUAUUUAGUGAUGGAGUACUGCAAUGGUGGUGAUUUGGCUGACUAUUUGCACAGUAUGAGAACGCUGAGCGAAGACACGAUCCGUCUCUUUUUCCAGCAAAUUGCAGGUGCCAUGAGAGUUCUGCACAGCAAAGGCAUCAUCCACAGAGAUCUCAAGCCUCAGAAUAUUCUGCUUUCUUUCACGGGCGGGAAAAAGUCAAACCCCAAUAACAUCCGGAUCAAGAUUGCUGAUUUUGGAUUUGCACGGUACCUACAGAAUAAUAUGAUGGCAGCGACGCUAUGCGGGUCACCCAUGUACAUGGCCCCGGAAGUAAUCAUGUCCCAACAUUAUGAUGCCAAAGCUGAUCUGUGGAGCAUUGGGACAAUAAUUUACCAGUGUCUGACGGGAAAAGCACCUUUUCAGGCCAGCAGUCCUCAAGACCUGCGUCUCUUCUAUGAGAAAAACAAGACGCUCCUGCCAAACAUCCCAAGGGAAACCUCUGCCCAUCUGAGACAACUUCUUUUAGGGCUCUUGGAACGAAAUUACAAAGACCGCAUGGAUUUUGAUGAAUUUUUCCACCACCCUUUCCUGGAUUCUAGCGCUUCUAUGAAAAAAUCUGCCUCUGUGCCAAUGCCUUCUUAUCCAAGCUCUGGCAGUUCUUCCAGCAGCUCCUCCACGUCUCACUUAGCGUCACCUCCGUCGCUCGGCGAGAUGGCCCAUCUGCAGGAGAAGACCCCAACCUUCCCCCAGCAAGGCUCCCCGGCUUUCCUGCACCGGUCGAAGGAAUCGGCGGGAAGCAGCAGCAAGAAUUCCUCAUGUGACACCGAUGACUUUGUAAUGGUGCCAGCCCAGUUUACAAGUGAUUUAGCUGUGGAGGUUACUGGAGGCAAGCUGAUCCAGGACAGUCUGAUGGGGAGUGGGAGCUCCCUGGUGACUUCUGCAGACUUGGAAAGCCAAGGAAGGACUUCAUCUCCUUCUCCUCCAUACAGCAGUUCUCCCAGCCCAUCUGGGCGAUCAAGCCAAUUUUCAUCCAGCACUAGAUCCGGACAAUCAAUACCCAUUCCAGUCCCUACACAGAUCCAAAAUUACCGCCGGAUUGAGCAGAACCUUCAAUCCCCCAAUCAAUAUACUUUGCCACGGUGUAAUCCUGUCAAAAGAUCUGGCAGCACGAGUCCACUUGGCUUCCUGAAAGCCAGCCCAUCCCCUCCAUUUUCUGCUGGUGAGCAUGGAAUAGUGCCAUCCCCUAGAAGGUUCUCCUUUGGUGGUGCCAAGCCUUACACACCUUCUCCUCAAGUUGGGACAAUUCCAGAGCAGCCAGACCAGAUGAUCAUCCCGUGUCCUCUCGGAACCGAGUUGAGAACUCGGGUGCCCAUAACCGAUGCUUCGGGAUCGGACCCUUCUCAACGAGGACUGGGCUAUCGCCUUCACAGCGCUCCCAACCUCUCCGAUUUCCAGUCUUGCCGGCAAAAAGUCACCAAGCAGUACUCCGAUCCACUGGUCACCCACUUCAGCCCUGUCCCAGCGGGUCAGGCUGCACGGCUGCCCAGUCUUCAGUCUGGCCGGCCUCUCAGGUCUUCUCCGAAGCUUUCUGAAUUCAUCCAGAGGACUCCCUUGCCCACCAUUUUGGGUUCUCCCACAAAGGCCAGGUCACCCUUUGAGUUCAGUAAAAACCCCAGCUCCCAAAACCUGUUUGCUCUCUUGGCCCAUCAAACGGUGGUCAUCACUCCGACGAGGAACAAGACCCUGCCAGAUAUGAAAGAAGUGGGACACUUACCUUAUCAACCAGGAGCUCUCGGUUUGAGGCCGACGGAAGACAGCAAAGUCAGGUCACUCAGCACUGGCCACUUCACUGAUCUGCUUCUUAAAGCUGCUUUUGGGGAAGCUGGCAGUAAUGAUAGCCUCAACAGCGAGAAGCCCAUGGAGAUCACAGCUCCUUCCAUGGCUUGUGGAGGAACCCCUCACUCGGGGGCUCGAGAAGGUUGCUCAGGAAGCCCUUCACCAGUGGUCUUCACCGUUGGGUCACCUCCUGCUGGGACAACCCCACCGCAAACCAUCCGGACCAGAAUGUAUUCAGUAGGAUCUUCAAGUUCUCUUAGUUCUGGAGGAUCUUUCAGUGGGCGCCACUUAAUUAUGGGAGCCGGUGGGGAAAUCCUUGAAGCUCCCUCAGGUCUCAGAUAUACAUUGGCUGAUCCAAUUGCUGCCAACCUGGAAGGAGCAGUUAUCUUUGAGGCACCUGAAUUACCUGAGGAGACACUCAUGGAACAAGAGCACACAGACAUCCUUCGCAGCUUGAGGUUCACGCUGGCUUUUGUCCACUAUGUGAUGGAGCUUGCCACCAUCAAAGGGAGCGUCAGUGAGAUGUCCACUUCGGUGGCCUCUGAGUACCAGCUUCAAGAAAGCGUCGUUGCCGACCAAAUCAGCUUGCUCAGCAAGGAAUGGAGCUACGCAGAACAGCUGGUCUUGUACUUGAAAGUGGCUGAAUUGCUGUCUGCCGGGCUUCAGAUGGCCAUUGACCAGAUCCGGGCAGGCAAGCUGUGUCUCUCCUCCACUGUCAAGCAAAUUGUGAGAAAGCUGAACGACCUGUAUAAAAGCAGCGUCUCUUCCUGCCAUCACCUGAACUUAAGGCUACAGAGGUGGUUCAUGGACAAGCAGAAACUCAUGGACCGCAUCAACAGCAUCACGGCUGAAAAGCUCAUCUUCAGCCACGCUGUGCAGAUGGUCCAGGCUGCUGCUUUGGAUGAGAUGUUUCACCACCGAGAAGACUGCGUGCAAAGAUACCAGAAAGCAUUGCUCUUGAUGGAAGGUCUCUUGAACUUCAUCUCUGAGCAAGGAGAUGUUGAGAACAUCAAUAAAUGUAAAAUGUGCAUUGAACGCCGGCUGUCCAGCUUGCAAUCAGGGAUCUGUGCAUGACGAUAAGCUUUAGUUUUUUCCAUGCAGGAGUAGCAGCUCCAUCCUGCUCACCUGGGUGCAAACUGGGGACAGGUAGAUACAGAAAGACCCUUUUCCAGCUGGUGGAAAGGGGCUGUGGAAACCAAGGACCAAAUCUGCUUCGUGUCCACUGGUUUUGUUUUGUUUCUGAAGACGGACCGAUGGGGUUAUGGCAAGGCCAGCUUGGCCCUCUUAAUUUGGAGUUACUUUCGUCUACUGCUGGCAGUGGACACCUGGAUGGCUUCUCGUGGUUAGAAGGAUGAAGCUCAGCCAGGGAAGAACAUCCCUGGUGAAGAGAGCAAUUCUUCUACAGAUUUUAUCUGGUUGCCCGUUUGGGACCUGCCCACCGUUCCCCAAUCUCCAUGUACUUGGUGUGCUUCAACAGCUCCCACGCUUCGCAUCCCUCUUUGCGUGGGAAGAAGGAAGAAGAUCUGGAGCUCAGCUUUGCUUGAGCCUGCUUCAUCCUCUGGGAAGCUGGAAGUUAGACUUGAUGCUCUCCUGUGGUGGAUGUGAUGGGACAGAGCCAUUCUUCCUUCGUCGAUGGGGAGGUGGACAAAUCCACAGAAGACCGUAGACCUCUUUCAAGCAGUUGGAGCCUCGCAAUACAAUCUUAAGCUACCGUGUUCCAUCUCAAGAAGCCAAAACCGUCUAGGGUAAAGAGAUAGCUUCUACACGCGGGCAAGGGGGCAUUAAAUCAAUGCAUGGAAACGGCCCCUUCGUCCAAUUUAGGUGCCUAUGUUGUCAGAAGGCAACUCUUCUGGAGAAACAUAGGGUUGUGUUUUUUUUUUUCUCAUCCAUUGCUUCUCUUUCCUGAAGGACAGGACAAGAGAGGAAAGAAAACACAUAUGCAAUACACACACUAGCUUUGUGAAUCAAAGGAGCACUUUAAGGAGUUGCGGAAUUCGAUGGUGGCGUAUUGGACUUUUCGCUUAACAGCUCCUGGGGUGUCUACUAUACGGGACUUCUUGACAUGUUCUGCUAUGUGCUAAUUUCAUCGUAGAGGAUUCCUUUGUGUUGGUUUUUUGUUUUGUUUUGUUUUGUUCAGAAAUUGCACUACAAGUAUGUGUGGGUGUCUACACACACACACACACACACACACAAGUUGCUAAGAUCCAAUAUGUAUUUAUGUGUAUAUAAUGUAUAGCGUAAUCUUACAUGUUUUAACUGUACUGUAUGUUAUUAGAAUUGGGGGGGGGGAGAACAGCUAUGCCUUUUUCCUGUUCUCUCUGUAAUCCAGGUUGCUAACUUGAACGUUUUCUAACAUUAGUGAUGGUCUCUUUUAUUCUCUCAUUCUCUCUCUCAUCUCUCGCUCUUUCUCUUUCUCUCUCCUCUCUCGCUCUGUCUCUGUGUGUCUCUCUUUCUCUCUGUCUCUCUCAUCUCUUGCUCUUUCUCUCUCCCAC